GUCUUACGUCACCACGUUAACCCCGAAGCGGAAGUGAACACGUGGGGUUGAGGCACGGCACCACAUCGCAUGUUUGGAGGCCACGAGUCUGUUUCAGGUGUUUCACAGAUAAAUCAUCCACCUCUUCCUCCAUCUUCAUCAUGGCUGUGAGAGCCGCCUUUGAGAAAAACAACGAGAUCGGCUGCUUCGCCAAACUGACCAACACGUACUGCCUGGUGGCCAUCGGCGGCUCCGAGAACUUCUACAGUGUGUUUGAAGGGGAGCUGUCAGAAACCAUCCCAGUGGUUCACGCUUCCAUAGCAGGCUGUCGCAUCAUCGGGAGGAUGUGUGUGGGAAAUCGUCACGGCCUCCUGGUUCCCAACAACACGACAGACCAGGAGCUGCAGCACAUCAGAAACUGCCUCCCAGACACCGUGAGGAUCCAGAGAGUCGAGGAGAGGCUGUCCGCGCUUGGUAACGUCAUCGCCUGCAAUGACUACGUCGCGCUGGUCCAUCCCGACCUUGACAGGGAGACAGAGGAGAUCCUGGCGGACACGCUGAAGGUGGAGGUUUUCCGUCAGACGAUAGCGGAGCAGGUCCUCGUCGGCUCGUACUGCGCGUUCAGCAACCAGGGAGGCCUCGUCCACCCGAAGACGUCGAUAGAAGAUCAGGACGAGCUGUCGUCGCUGCUGCAGGUGCCCCUGGUGGCGGGCACGGUGAACCGGGGCAGCGAGGUCAUCGCGGCGGGGAUGGUGGUGAACGACUGGAGCGCGUUCUGCGGCCUGGACACGACCAGCACGGAGCUGUCGGUCAUCGAGAGCGUGUUCAGACUCGGUGACACGGCGCAGCCCUCCACCAUCGCCACCAGCAUGAGGGACUCGCUGAUCGACAGCAUGGCGUAGACCCGCCUCCCGUUUUCCUGCCAUCGAGGAGCUCUGCUGCCUGAAGCUCUGCCGCCACCUCAAACUUCUCCUUCCACCCAACACGACUCCCUUUAACUCCAACAGCCUCCUUCUGUUUCUCCUUUCGUACUUCCAACACCUUUUUCCCGGGUAGAGUAAAACAUCCUGGCAGCUGAAACGGUUUCACAGGAACGGGGACGGGCAGAGAGAGGAAUAAUGCAGAAAUAAUAACCGUGUGGUUACACAGUGACGAUGUGCAUCUGUGCUGGAUGUGAUUAUUGACCCUGAUGCUUCAGGUACAGAACAGCUCGAUUAGUCUCUUAAAGUCAGUCAGAACAAAUUUGUAUGUUUCUGUGUACAGCUCACUUACUCUGAAGUUAUUUGAUAAUGACAGUAACGAUGAGAACGCAGUGUAAUUAGCAAACACAGGAAACGCUCCUGCAGAGAUGGAUCUUCUUCCUCAGACUGCGUGACGAGACAAACUAGACACGGAGGAAGUUUCUUAAAAAUGUCUUGUGUGUCUUGUAUAAAAAAUAAAGCCUAUCAUCUUUUUAUCA